UCCAACUCCCCUCUCUAAAUAUAUAGUUUCAACUGUUCGAUCGCCUCUACAGACGGAUCGAUAAAUUAGUGUAUUUUUUUUAUAUUAUUUGAAAGGAUUGAAUGUUGUUUUAAUUUGAUAGAGAAGGUAAGCCAUGGUUCUGUCCAAGACUACUUCCUCGACGGACGUUUCAGUUCACUCCACUUUCGCUUCUCGAUAUGUCCGGACUUGUCUUCCCAGGUUUAAGAUGCCAGAAAACUCAAUCCCAAAGGAAGCGGCGCACCAAAUCAUAAACGACGAGUUGAUGUUGGACGGCAAUCCUCGCCUGAAUCUGGCUUCGUUCGUGACAACGUGGAUGGAGCCCGAGUGCGACAAGCUCAUCAUGUCCGCCAUCAACAAAAACUACGUCGAUAUGGAUGAAUACCCAGUCACCACCGAGCUACAGAACCGGUGCGUGAACAUGAUCGCGCAUCUGUUCAACGCGCCGCUGGGGGAGGGAGAGGCGGCCGUGGGGGUGGGGACAGUGGGCUCAUCAGAGGCUAUAAUGCUGGCCGGCUUGGCCUUCAAGAGGAAAUGGCAGAACAAGAUGAAAGAGCUCGGGAAACCCCACGACAAGCCCAACAUCGUCACCGGCGCCAACGUUCAGGUGUGCUGGGAAAAAUUCGGCCGCUAUUUUGAGGUGGAGCUCAAGGAGGUUAAGCUCCGCGACGGAUACUACGUCAUGGACCCCGACGCGGCUGUAGAGAUGGUGGACGAGAAUACAAUUUGCGUGGCCGCCAUCUUGGGCUCCACACUUAACGGUGAAUUCGAGGACGUCAAGCGUCUCAACGAUCUCUUGAUCCAAAACAACUCCAAAACAGGGUGGGACACACCAAUUCAUGUGGACGCAGCUAGUGGUGGCUUUAUUGCUCCAUUUGUGUACCCAAAUUUGGAGUGGGAUUUUAGGUUGGCGUUAGUGAAGAGUAUUAAUGUAAGCGGCCACAAAUACGGGUUAGUGUAUGCGGGUAUCGGGUGGGUUAUUUGGCGGAGCAAAGAGGACUUACCCGACGAACUCAUCUUUCACAUUAACUAUCUCGGAGCCGAUCAACCCACUUUCACUCUCAAUUUUUCUAAAGGUGCAAGUCAAGUAAUUGCACAAUACUACCAACUUAUUCGAUUAGGUUAUGAGGGAUACCGUAACAUAAUGGAGAACUGCCAAGAAAACGCAAGAAUACUAAAACAAGGGUUGGAAAAGACGCAGCGGUUCAACAUCGUGUCGAAAGACGAGGGCGUCCCGCUGGUGGCCUUCAGCCUCAAGGACAACAGUAGCCACACGGAGUUCGACGUGUCAGACAUGCUUCGGCGGUUUGGGUGGAUCGUGCCCGCCUACACCAUGCCCCCCGACGCACAGCACGUGACGGUGCUGCGCGUGGUCAUCCGCGAGGACUUCUCCCGCACCCUCGCGGAGCGCCUCGUCAACGACAUCCAGAAGGUUCUGCGCGACCUCGACUCCAUCCCUGCCAGGGUCACGGAAAAGCUCACCAACGCGGACCAGGCGCCGUCCACGUCCACCGUCAAAAAGACGGUUGUCCAGGUGCAGAGGGAGAUCACUAAUGCUUGGAGGAAAAUGGUUGCUGACAGGAAGAACACCGCCCACGUCAUUUGCUAGCUUUUUUCUUUUUUAACCAAAAUCUACCUCAAUUUUUACGCAUUAUUAUUAACGCGUCUAUUCUUUAAUCCUAAAUAUAUAUUGUUGGGGUUACUCUAGAUCAACUAAUUAACGAGUUAACGAAAUUUUAAGGUACUAGCAGAGGAAACCUGUGUUGCACGUAUUUACAAAUGAUGAAUUGAUUGAUGUAAUAUUAUGCUAAAAAUUGUCUUU